AAUGAGCCAUGCAUCCGCAUGUGGGAAAACUGUCGUCCUCUACGUGAGCGGGCGAUUAGGGGCAAAACCCUAGUGGCCAGCGUUGAUGAUGCAGUGCAGCCUACACCACCUUCCUUGGAAAAUAUGAGCAAGAACCACACUUUGCUCAAGGGUUUCACCAGUUAUAUGGCAGCCACUGGUGUGAUUUGCACAAGCCAUAUAGACCCCGUGAAGAAGGCAGUGGUUGGAUUUUAUACCCUUAUGCAAUGUGACGUUGAGACCGACGCUGGGGUGACGGUUUGCCAUGAGGUUGCUAAAAGUAUCAAAAGGAUGUUGACAAUUAUCCGUUUCAAGUGGCGGAGAUGGGAGAUGCCACGUGAUCCCAAAGUGCGAGACUUGGUGCAGGAUUUGGCAAAGGCUUCUGACAAAGCAUUCAAAGAAGGGCGAAGCCCGUUCAUCUUUAAGGCUGAUGAGGAAUCCAACAAAAAAGGUCGCCCGAACAUUGAUGAUAUUAGUGAUACUGAGGCUGCCAGUGACUUCACAAUUCGUGACACCCUAUCCCGCAGCUGUUCUAGUUUAGAAGAAGAACAGGAGAAGUCAUUGGCAGAACUCAGGGCUUUAGCUAUGGCUGAUGCAUCCGGUUUCAACCCCGAGCAAGACGACACCUUGCCUAUGGAUUCCCAACCAGUGGAGGAUGAUGCUGGCUUUCAUUCCAAGGAGCCUGCUGCUUGUGAGGUCGUCGACGUGGACGGUGACCAGCCGGACUCCGCAGCAGCUGGCCCUGCGGGUCCUCAGCCGGAUGCCGUGAUGGCUUUGCUCCAGCUGGUGAAGGCCAAGAUCAGCACGCAUGAGCAGUCCCGUGGUUCCACUGAGCCUACACCUGCUACAGCAUCAGUUCCAUCCAAAGACUCCAAAGAGCUUGUGCCCGAACAACUGGAUGCCCUCGCACCAGCUGCAACCCCCAGCUGCAGCACUCCGCAGCCACCUUGCGCCGCAUAUCCAGAUCCUGACCAAGCUUGCGCGGAUGCAAAGGACGGCAACAAGGCAGUUGCAAAGGCAUUGGAAACAUCUUUGGAAGAAAAGGAGCCUCUUAAUGAUGAUCAUGAUGAUGGCAUCGAUGAUGUGAAGUUGAAAUCCAUGCCCUUCCUACGUGAGCAGCAGCUCCAGUUAGCCAAUGCGAAGAAGCGCAAACACAAGAGUGGACCCGAAGAUGGAAGGGAGGAUGGAGAUGGAGAAUGUGAGGAUGAGGAGGAGGAUCUUGAUGGGGAGGAGGAAGAGGAGGAGGAAGUUGACCUUCCAAGGCGCCGUCGCCGUGGCAAAGGCGCCAAGGCUAAGGCCAAAUGCAAGGCCAAGGCGAAGGCGAAAGGGAAGGCCAAGGCUAGAGUCAGCUAAGGCAGUGCCUGCAGCUGCCUCUGAACCUGACGAGACUGACACAAUCCCCCGCAAAAACCAGCGCAAGAAGAAGGGCAAGAAUCAGGAGGAUGAGGAGGAUGGUGGUGAUGGGGCUCCGGUCAGUGGCAAGGCAACCUUUGCAAAGCGUGCAAAAUCUGCAGCAUGGCCAGCCAAGUGGACCACCAUUCGCCAAGUCUUUGAGGAGCACAUCAAGAGCAAGAUUCAUCUUCAAGUUUGGGGAGAGGAAGCCUUUUGGAUUCUGUGCUCGGAUCGCAUCGCGGCCAAUGAGAACAACUUAGAGGUUGUCAACCAGAAGCUGGCUGAUGAGUUUUUGAUGGAUGAGAAAGUCCGUUCUGUGCUCACCACGGCUGGCAAGAAGUAUGUUGCCAAGCUCUCGCAGCGAUCCAAAGAGGAUGCCUGAGUAGCCGAUGAGUAGGAUUUUUGAGGUGCAGGGGCGAUAGAUUUUUAUCGCAGCGCGUCAGCUGGUCAAUGGGAUUCCGAUUUCAAUCUUUCUUUCGACGGCCAUCAAGCAUAGAUUGGGGUGAAAGGUUGCAUGUUUGCAC